AAACUUUGCCUGCCUCUCUUAAUUUACAGGCAGCCGAGAGUGUAAAAGAGUUAAAAAAAAAUAUGGAUAGAGAAUGGGGUUCGAAGCCGGGAAGCGGUGGCGCAGCCUCCGCCCAAAACGAAGCCAUCGACCGUCGCGAGCGUCUUCGCCGACUCGCUCUUGAAACCAUCGAUCUCGCCAAAGAUCCCUAUUUUAUGCGCAAUCAUCUCGGCAGUUAUGAAUGCAAGCUGUGUUUAACAUUGCAUAAUAAUGAGGGGAAUUACUUGGCGCAUACACAGGGGAAAAGGCAUCAGACUAAUUUGGCUAAAAGAGCUGCCCGUGAAGCGAAAGACGCCCCCGCUCAGCCGCAGCCUCAUAAGCGUAAAGUUAGCCUUCGCAAGUCAGUCAAGAUUGGUCGACCUGGGUACCGAGUGACGAAGCAGUUUGAUCCAGAGACGAAACAAAGGUCUUUGCUAUUUCAGAUUGAAUAUCCUGAAAUUGAAGAUCUUACGAAACCCAGGCAUCGGUUUAUGUCAUCCUUUGAGCAGAGGGUUGAAUCUUUCGAUAAGAGGUAUCAGUAUCUUCUUUUUGCUGCUGAACCAUAUGAGACAAUUGGCUUCAAGGUUCCUAGUACAGAAAUUGACAAAUCAACUCCCAAGUUCUUCUCUCACUGGGAUCCAGAUUCCAAAAUGUUCACGUUGCAGCUAUACUUCAAGGUAAAGCCGCCAGAGACAAAACCUCCAUCAGCUGCAGCAACCAAUGGAACAUUAGCUCCUGGUGUCCCACCACCACCGCCACAACAAGCUCCCCCACCACCCCCACCUGCAUCACAAGGCCCCCCAAUGGGAAACCUACCGAGGGGUCCACCCCCUGGUUCUUUGCCGCCACCUCCUCCUCCGAUAGGAAACGGACCGAGACCUAUGCCACCUGGUGGAAACCUGCCUGCACCACCACCUCCUGUGGGUGGAGGCAUGCCGAACUUCACACCCAGGCCUCCAAUGCCACCACCUCCACAAGGGUUUCAAGGACAGCAAGGAGUCCGCCCUCCACCACCACCACCACCUCAGUAACCGAACCAAGUGAGAGCUGCUAAGCCUUCAGAAAUCUUAAGUUUUACACCUUGUAUGUGGGAAACCUGUAUGAAACUUAGUUUUGUAUAACCACAUUUUGCAUCACUUAACUGUUUUAAUUCUUGUUACAUUGGGUAUUUUGUUUCUAACGUGAGAUUAUAAUUUCAAGAGAA